AUGGGUGACGAGGACAGCCUGAACAAACCAAGCGAAAAUGUUAGCCAAAUGUCGACUGCUUCGGCGACUUCAGUAACUUCCACGGAAGGAGAAAAGGACGUGGAAAUGCUGAAGGACGUGACCAAGACGUUCGCAUCUCUUCGCAGGAAGUCGAGAGUCGGAAAUAUGUCCACGAUGACGCAAGUUGAAAACUUCAGAGAGAGAAUGGCUAAAGCAAAAGAAGAUAGGACUGCAAGAGUGAUGGGUUUGCAGUUGUGGCAUAGACAUAUCUGCGAUAUGGUAGGAAUAUUCUUGCACAUAGAUUCCAAUGAAGUGGUAGAUGGAGUAGCAGAUGAUCCAAACUUUGUUAAAUCACUGGACAAUUUCCUGAUCGAAAACGGCACGCAAUCAGUCAUAUUUUUCUAUCAAGACGAAGAAGCACCUUCCAUUGAUACUGGUCGAUAUUCACCGCAACUUCCUAAAGAUACAUUGAUGAAAAGAGUUACAGUUGGAAAUGCAUCGUCGAAUACAUUCAAAGAUCGAGCCGUGGUCGCCUACAGAAUCUUAAAAGAAAAGGCUAUUGAUAUGAGAAAUAUAAAUGAUGAAGUGUUUUUCUGCACUUUGAAUGUCAAAGAUCAUAAUGGAAAUGUAGUGUCGAUGGUGUACGAUGUAAUAGAUAAGAUUAUUAAACCGAAUUUGUUGAUGGCCAAAGAUUGGGGCGAUUUGCCGAAGACGGAAGCCGGGUUGCAAAUAAAGAAGGAUUUCCUUGGAGAUUUUGAGCACUACUGCAACUUUCUCGAUACAACCAGAAUUGAUCUUGAUGGAAUCGUCAAAUUUACUUACAACUACGAUUUCUACAAAUCGACUUUCUCGUCAUCCGUGAUGAUCAAAUCGGCCGUCGAGAAAAUAGAGGUUGUCCAUCAAGUUGAAGCUACAGUUCGAUCAUGGGCUAAGAUCAUGGAAAGGGUGUUGACUCAAUUCCAACAGUUGAGACGAGAGGAUGAGUUUGUUGGACCUUUGGUGGAAAUCGAAUAUUGGAGAAGGCAGUUGGCCAGGUUCACGAGUAUAGUUGAUUUCAUCAAGUCCGAUGUGUGCAUGAUGCAUUUGAUGCUCUUGAACCAAGCAAAAUCGAAAUUUUUAAAGUUCUGGCAAAUUCAAGAUAACGCAGUGACUGAUGCAAGGAACGAAUGCCAGGAUAAUGUUAAAUACUUGUAUGCUUUGGAAAGAUAUUGGGAGCCUCUGUACAGGUGUGAUCCUUCUCAGAUACCUGAUCAUCUUCCGGCCCUUUUAUACUCGAUUCGCAUGGUCUUCACCACUUCUCGUUACUACAAUAAUACAGCUAGUGUAACUGCGAUCUUGGUGAAAGUCUCUAACCAAAUGAUCUCGAGCUGUCGUAAGUUCCUCAAUUGUGACGGAGCGAAAACUGUUUGGAAUCAGCCUCGAAAUGAAGUCAUGGACAAGUUUAAGGUGUGUCUUGAUCUGUACUUGAAAUAUUACCAAUGCUUUAAACAUAUCUUAGCUAAAAUGGAAGAAAUGGGAGAACCUCCAUUCGAUUGCUCUGAAAUGUACGUUUUUGGUAAAUUUGAAACUUUCAAGAAACGCAUCGAAAAGAUAAUUGAUGUGUUUGAGACUACAACUAAGUAUUCGGUUUUGCAAUCAAGCACAAUUGAAGGCAUCAACGAUUUCGCCACAAAGUUCAUCAAGUUUUACAUGACCAUUUCCGUUAAGAAAUAUGAUGCUUUGAACCAUCGAUUGGCUACGUUCAACACGGAUUAUACCGAAUUCAAGCAGAACGUCGUGGAUACUGAAUACGAACUGGAGGAAUACGUUGGAACUUGCUUGGAAAAUAUGACCGAUGUCGAUAACAUCUUGAGACUCCUGAAGCGAUUUGAAAAGCUAAACUUGGAUUGUCUUCAUUUGGAUGAGCGCUAUUUAGAGGCAUUGGAGAUAUAUCAAACGGAAAUUGAGGAACUUAGGGACAAGUACAAUGAAGAUCGACAGACGCCUCCGAUUCCCAAAAAUAUGCCGCCCAUAAGUGGAAGAAUCAUAUGGAUCAGACAAUUUUAUAAGCGUAUCGAGGAACCAAUGGAUGUUUUCAAGGAAAAACGAAGAGUAAUGCGACAUAGGAAAGCCCAAAAAUGCAUCCAACUAUACAACGCUUUAGCUACAGUUUUCGUUCAUUACGAGCAAAUCUACCAUAACUCCUGGUUCGAAAAUCUACAUCAAGUUCGUGGUGGAUUGAGCGCACCAAUCCUGAUGAAACAUCCGAAAACCAAAAGGUUCAUCGUUAAUUUUGAUCCUUAUAUUAUAGAAGCUAUCAGAGAAUCUGAGUACAUGUAUAAACUAGAAUUAGAGGUUCCCGAUUCCGGCCAAAUUAUCGUCUUCUGUCGUGACAAGAUCUUAAAGUCUUACGAGAUGAUGACGGCCUUAAUUAAGCGUCACGAUUUCAUUAGAUUGACCAUCCCGAAACUGUUCUUUCCGCUCCUUAAGUUGAUCCUCAUCAAAAUGGAAAACAUUUUCAUGCCAGGUUUUUCCUCGAUCACGUGGACUUCGAUGAAAAUCCCGCAAUUCUGCAAAGAAGUCGGCGAGUUCUUGGAUUACAUAGAAGUUUUCGUGAAAGAAGCGUCGGAUAUCAAGGAAGCUAGAAUUGAUGAAGUUGUUGAUGGAAUAGCACAAUUGAUACUUGUUCAUUUACCUGCAGAUCCUGUACCUCCAGAUGAGUUUCUUCGAUUGAAUCAAGCACAUCGUGCAGAAAUAGUUAAGGAAAUCGAAUUGAAAUCUUCGACUGCGGAAAAGGCCGUUGUAGAUUUGAUUAACAAGUUCAUGGCUUCAAUAACUGAGCCCGAUCUGCAAAAAGGCAAAUUCGAUUGGCUCGACCCAGACAGAGUACUUAGACCGGUUGGAUCUUCCUCUAAACUGGUGAUGUCCGAUGAAGACGCGGCUUUCAAAGAGAUUGAUAGGAACCAAAAUUUUGAUAUCGGCCUAAUACACAACGACUGCAUAGAAAUGUUCGCCUACUUCAAUAUGAGUAUGACCGAUGCACUUGUAAAGUGCACCAAAACAUCAUUGGAUCAAAUUAAAAAGAGAGCUGCAUCAACAAGUUUGGAAGAUAUGUUGGCCAAUAAUCCUAUAAUGAAGACUAACAUGGAGCUACAUAUACCGACAAAUAUGAUCAAUCCUGAAUUGGACGAGAUUCAGAAUUUCUUCACUUUGGUGCUGAACAACAUCAUCGACACGCACACGGAGAUAAUUCAAUGGGGCCAAAGGUACGCCCAUAAGAAAAAAACUUUCAAUAUAGUCGAAGGCGAUAAGAACCAUACGAGCUCAGGUUACAGUAAUUACUAUCAAACCGUUUCUGAACACAAGGAAAUUGUUCGUUUAUUUAUGGGACUUCAAGGUGCAAUGUAUCUCUUAAAACCAGACGUUUUAAAGUUGCUGGAGAGUUACCUAGCUUAUGCCUAUCUUUGGGCUGAAGACCGUGAAGACCAAAUCAAUGAGUUUUGCGAAAUGAAGCCCUUGGUGGUUGAAAUCGCGGAAAAGUUUAAAUCCUACGACGAAAGAGGAAACAAAAUAAACGCAUUGCCAGAAUUUCACAACAUCGGAGCUGUGCAAGUGUGCAUGGAGAACUACAAGCUCGGUCUAUUGGUAGAAUCGAAUGCGUGGAAGCACAAUUUGGGAAAGAAUUUAGCCAUUAGGUAUAAAGAAAAGCUCAUGGAAAUGGUCGAUUUCAUCAAGGCCCAAGAGAAAAUCUUAGCAAAACCCAUAAAGGACUUGGAUGAUUGCCGCUUGGCGAUGAGUUGUCUGGAACGUAUCAGAGAAAAUUUUAUCGAUAUGGACAUGGAUUUGGUGACGAUGGAAGAAGCAUACGCAACAUUCAUACGUUUCAAGAUCGACAUUUCUAAAGAAGAGGUAGAACGCGUCGACACUUUGCGCUUCAAUUUCACCAAUAUGCUUAACAACGCUAAAAAUGUUCAAGAGCAAAUCAACAAUGUGCAAGGACCAUUGCAAGAUGAGCUCACCGAAGGAGUCAAGGAUUUCGUCCAGGAGGUAAUAGAUUUUGAUAUAGAUUACGAAGCAAACGGACCGAUGAUUCCGGGCUUAAGUGCAAGAGAGGCCAGCGACAAAGUGCUCUUGUUUCAAGCACAAUUCGAAGAGCUGUGGCGCAAAUUUGAAAUGUACAGCAGCGGUGAAAGGUUGUUUGGCCUCGAGGUUCACGACUAUCCAAUUCUGCACCAGAAGAAAAAAGAAUUCAAUUUGCUCAACAAACUGUACGGACUAUAUCUUACAGUUAAUAACAGUAUAGAUGGUUACUUCGACAUUCUCUGGGCGGACGUUGAUACUGAAGUCAUCAUGACUGAGUUGCAAGAUUUUCAAAAUAGGUGUCGCAAGUUACCAAAAGGUAUGAAGGAUUGGCCUGCGUUCUUAGAGCUGAAGAAGAAAAUUGACGAUUUCAACGAAACCUGUCCGUUAUUGGAGAUGAUGGCCAACAAGGCUAUGAAAGACAGACAUUGGAAGAGAAUAGCGACUGUUACCAAGUACAACUUCGAUAUUGACUCUCCAACGUUUACUCUGAGAAACGUCAUGGAAGCGCCAUUGCUUAAUUUUAAAGACGAUGUUGAGGAUAUUUGCAUCAGUGCUGUAAAAGAGAAGGACAUUGAAGCAAAGUUGAAGCAAGUUAUUGCAGAUUGGGCUAUAGUAGAUUUAUCCUUUGCCAAUUUCAAAACGCGUGGUGAGCUAUUGCUGAAAGGUGCAGAAGCUGGUGAUAUUAUAGCCUUGUUGGAAGAUAGCUUAAUGAUUAUGAACUCGCUGUUAAGUAACAGGUAUAAUGCUCCAUUCAAAAAGGACAUACAAAUUUGGGUAAGCAAGUUGGUUAACACAUCGGAGAUUCUGGAGAAAUGGUUGAUUGUGCAGAACCUUUGGAUAUAUUUGGAGGCUGUUUUCGUUGGAGGUGACAUAGCAAGACAACUUCCAGCUGAAGCUAAGAGAUUCAGCGGUAUUGAUAAAUCUUGGGUAAAAAUAAUGACCAGGGCACGAGAAAUCCAAAACGCAGUUGAAUGCUGUACCUUCGAUGAUACCAUGAUGCAAAUACUACCAUAUCUAUUGGAGCAAUUAGAAACUUGCCAGAAAAGUUUAUCAGGAUAUCUUGAAUCCAAACGCUUGUGCUUCCCAAGGUUCUUCUUCAUCUCGGAUCCAGUGCUUUUGGAAAUCUUGGGCCAAAGCUCAGAUCCACAAUCAAUUCAACCGCACCUCCUCAGUUUAUUUGAUGCCGUUGCCAAAGUUAAAUUUGAUAAGAAAAAGUCUGAUAUGAUUUUGGGAAUGAGCUCGAACUUGGAUGAACGCGUUUCUUUUGAAAAACCUGUAGUAUGCACGGGAGGCGUUGAGAUUUGGUUGAACAGUCUCUUGUCUACCGUAAAAGACACUGUUAAGAAUGUUAUAGCUAUGCAGUCGCAAUGCUUCAAAGAUCCCGAAUACGAUUUCAUCAAAGGUUUCGUAUUAACGUGCGGACAGGCCGGAUUGGUUGGUGUUCAAGUAUUAUGGACAAAGGAAUCGGAGUUCGCAAUUAAAAGGGCGAAGGUGGACAAGGUGAUCAUGAAAAACACUAACAAGAGAUUUCUGGACUUGCUCAAUUCACUUAUCGAUUUGACCUCGAAAGAUUUGACGGUACUGGAACGCACCAGGUUCGAAACGAUGGUCACGAUCCACGUGCACCAGAGGGACAUUUUUGAUGAUAUUGUCAAGCUCAAAGUUCGUUCGUUGUUGGAUUUUGAGUGGCAGAAGCAAGCCAGGUUCUAUUACAAUGAAGAAAACGACGACGUGUUAGUCAGGAUUACUGAUGUGAUUUUCCUUUACCAAAAUGAAUACCUUGGUGUUACUGAACGUCUCGCAAUCACUCCGCUCACUGACAGAUGUUACAUUACUCUUGCUCAGGCUAUAUGGAUGAAUAUGGGUGGAGCUCCAGCUGGUCCAGCGGGCACUGGCAAAACUGAAACAGUAAAAGAUAUGGGUCGGACAUUGGGAAAGUUGGUCGUUGUCUUCAAUUGCUCAGAUCAAAUGGAUUUUCGCGGUUUAGGUCGUAUUUUCAAAGGUUUGGCACAAUCCGGAACUUGGGGUUGCUUCGAUGAGUUUAACAGAAUUGAACUUCCCGUGCUUUCCGUAGCGGCGCAACAAAUUUACAUAGUACUUCAAGCGAGAAAGGAAAGAAAACCUAUGUUCAUUUUUACAGAUGGUGAUAACGUGGCGAUGAACAUUGAAUUCGGUAUAUUCUUAACGAUGAAUCCUGGUUAUGCGGGGCGUCAGGAGCUUCCUGAGAAUUUGAAGAUUAUGUUCCGAUCCGUAGCCAUGAUGGUACCAGAUCGUCAAAUCAUAAUCCGCGUAAAACUUGCUUCCUGUGGUUUCAAAGAGAACGUGGUCCUUUGCAGGAAGUUCUUUACAUUAUACAAAUUGUGCGAAGAGCAACUAUCGAAACAAGUCCAUUACGAUUUUGGCCUGAGAAACAUUUUAUCAGUGUUGAGGACUCUGGGAGCACAAAGACGUACACAUCCAACGGACACUGAGGAAACCAUCGUAAUGCGAGUGCUUCGAGACAUGAAUCUGAGCAAGUUAGUCGAUGAAGAUGAGCCACUAUUCCUUUCGCUGAUUGAAGAUAUGUUCCCUGGUAUUAAACUGUCUGCACAUUCGUGGAAAGAUCUUCAAAAGGCUAUUAACAAUCAAUGCGAGGAAAUGGGUCUAAUCAACUAUCCCAGUUGGAAUUUGAAAAUUUUACAGCUAUACGAAACUUCGUUGGUGAGGCACGGAUUGAUGGUAAUGGGACCCACUGGAGCAGGAAAAACUCAAUGCAUGCAUUGUUUAAUGCGAUCCCAAACGGAAAAUGGUUUACCGCAUAAAGAAAUGAGGAUGAAUCCAAAGGCAAUAACAGCACCUCAAAUGUUUGGUAGAUUGGACGUAUCCACAAAUGAUUGGACGGAUGGUAUUUUCUCGACGCUUUGGAGAAGAACUUGGAAGGUGAAGAAGUCUGAUUUUGUUUGGCUUGUACUUGAUGGUCCCGUUGAUGCCGUUUGGAUUGAAAAUUUGAAUUCGGUUUUGGACGAUAAUAAGACUUUAACAUUGGCCAACGGAGAUCGUAUAGUUAUGGCUCCAAACUGCAAAUUGGUAUUCGAACCAGAUAAUGUAGACAACGCCAGUCCUGCAACCGUGUCUCGAAUGGGGAUGGUCUUCAUGAGCGCUUCAGUCCUUCCUUGGAUGCCCAUUCUUGAUUCGUGGCUUAAGACCAGAUCGUUCCAAGAGACCGAGAUCUUUAGGCAUUUAUUUCACAAGAUAUACAACGAUAUUCAGAACUUUCUCAUCAUGCGACUCAAACCGAAAAUUAUGAUCAGAGAGGCUCUCUAUAUAAGACAGUGCUACGAUGUUCUUGAAGGAAUUCUCGAUACGGAAAAUGAUAUCAAGACUGAUAGACAUUUAGAACAUCUCUUUUUAUUCUCAGUCAUGUGGUCUUUGGGCGCUGCUCUAGAAUUAGAUGAUCGCGUGAAAUGGGAAGAGUUUGUACUUACUCAUCCGUCUAGAAUGAAUUGGCCCAAGGUUCAAGAAAGAGAAACUAUUUUCGAAUACGUUGUGAGCGUUGAGGGGAAAUGGGAACAUUGGUCUGAACGUGUAGAACAAUUCCUAUAUCCGUCUGAUCACGUACUAGAAUACGCGAGCAUUUUGGUACCUAACGUGGAUAACGUGAGGACGGCCUUUUUAAUUGAAACUAUAGCCAAACAAAACAAAGCUGUAUUAUUGAUAGGUGAACAGGGAACUGCUAAAACAGUGAUGAUCAAAGGAUUUACAGCCGGUUUCGACCCGGAAUUUAAAUUAUGCAAGAUGUUUAAUUUCUCAUCGGCCACUACACCCAACAUGGUUCAGCGCAUCAUUGAAUCGUACGUGGAUAAACGUGUUGGAACAACGUAUGGUCCACCAACUGGUAAAACCUUGACGAUCUUCAUCGACGAUAUCAAUAUGCCAGUCAUUAAUGCGUGGGGAGAUCAAGUUACAAAUGAAAUUGUACGUCAACUUAUGGAAGGAGGAGGUUUCUACAGUCUUGAUAAACCUGGAGACUUCUCUGCAAUUAUGGACGUACUUUUCCUGGCCGCGAUGAUCCAUCCGGGUGGUGGUCGAAACGAUAUACCUCAUCGGCUAAAAAGACACUUCUGCAUCUUCAAUUGUACAUUGCCAAGCAAAAACUCCAUGGAUCAGAUUUUCAAUAAUAUUGGCGAAGGGUAUUUCUGCAUAGAACGUUUCAACGAAACUAUUGUGGAAUUCCUGCCGCGCUUAAUCCCAUUAACUAGAAAUGUCUGGCAACAAACUAAGACCAAAAUGUUGCCUACACCUGCUAAAUUCCACUACGUAUUCAAUCUGCGAGAUUUGUCUCGAAUUUGGCAAGGAAUACUAACUAUUGAAGGGGAAGAUUGUAAGAAUCUUGUAUCCCUGUUGAAGUUAUGGCAACACGAAUGUACUCGUGUUAUAGCCGAUCGAUUUACAAACGAACAGGACAGAGAAUGGUUCUUGAUGAAUAUGAAACGGCAAGCGUCUAUUGAACUUGAAGAUAUAUUUGAUAAGCAUUACAAUGAUGAUGAGUGUUACUUUGUGGACUUCUUGAAGGAGCCACCGGAGGCGACCGGCGAUGAACCUGAGGAUUUCAGUUUUGAACCACCAAAAAUCUACGAGGAGGUUCCCAGCUUCGACUUCCUGAAGGAAAAAUUGUUCUUCUAUGAGGGACAAUACAAUGAGACAGUUAGAGGUGGUCAAAUGGAUAUGGUAUUCUUCCAUGAUGCGAUGGUGCAUUUGAUGAUUAUUUCUCGAAUUGUAAGGACGCCGAGAGGCAAUGCUCUACUAGUAGGCGUGGGAGGUUCCGGAAAACAGAGUUUAACAAGACUUGCUUCUUUCAUCGCCGGUUACAAGAACUAUCAAAUCCAAUUGACCAGAUCUUAUAACGUCAAUAACCUUAUGGAUGAUAUGAAAUAUUUAUACCGAGUCGCGGGUUUCGAAGGACAGGGAAUAGCGUUCAUAUUUACCGACAACGAAAUCAAGGACGAAAACUUUUUGGAAUCCAUCAACAAUGUGCUCAGCUCCGGAGAGAUAGCCAAUUUAUUUGCAAAGGAUGAAUUGGAUGAGAUUCAAACAGAUCUAAUACCAGUGAUGAAAAAGGUCCAUCCGAAGAGACCCCCUAGCAAUGACAAUCUUUAUGAUUUCUUUAUCAACAGGGCAAGAAACAAUCUUCACGUAGUUCUAUGCUUUUCACCGGUGGGCGAGAAAUUUAGAACACGUGCCAUGAAAUUCCCGGGUCUCAUAUCCGGUUGCACCAUGGACUGGUUCUCUAAAUGGCCUAUGGACGCACUAAUUGAAGUAUCGCAGCACUUCCUGAAGGAUUUUGAAAUUAUAUGCACAUCGGAAACCAAGCAAGAACUGAUUUACAUGACUGCAGAAAUACAGGACGGUGUUGCGGAGACCUGCACCAACUAUUACGAUAGAUUCAGAAGGCAAACAUACGUUACGCCGAAAACUUUCCUGAGCUUUUUAAGCAAUUACAAGGUCCUAUACGAAGAGAAACUGGAAGCUAUAAAUGUUCUAGCUAUGAGAAUGAAAACUGGACUGACAAAAUUGAUAGAGGCUGCUAGUAGUGUCAAUAUACUGAAGCAGGAGUUAGUAGUUAAGAACAAAGAAAUUGCCAAAGCGGGAGCAGAAGCAUCAGUCGUGCUAGUUGCUGUCCAGGAAUCACAGAAGAUUGCGAAAAAGUUGAGCGACGAUGCUGAAAUAUUCACAGCUAAGGCAAAAGUUAUAGUAGAUGCUAUUGCUGUUGAUAAACAAGAUGCUUCUAAUAGACUGAAAGCUGCAGAACCGGCAUUGGAAGCAGCCGAACAAGCUCUAAAGACAAUCAAAGCUGCUGAUAUAGCUACAGUCAGAAAAUUGGGCAAACCGCCGUUUCUCAUUAUGGUCAUUAUGGAUGCUGUACUAUUAUAUUUUAAAAGAAGACUGGAACCAACACAAUAUGAUGCUGAGAAAAAAUUCCUUGUCACUUCUUGGAGCGAGUCACUAAAAGUAAUGGCGGAUACGAAAUUUCUUAGUAAACUGCAAGAUUAUCCGAAGGACACGAUAAAUUCAGAAAUGCUGGACCUCCUCGUACCUUACUUUGAUUUUCCUCAGUAUACUUAUGAAGCAGCAAAAACAGCUUGCGGUAACGUUGCUGGUCUUAUUUCUUGGACCGUAGCGAUGGCCUCGUUUUACGAAGUCAACAAAGAGGUAUUGCCGCUGAAAGCCAAUUUAGCACGACAACAAGUGAAGUUAGACAAGGCUCAAUCUGAACUGGAUUAUGCGUUGAAAACUUUGGAGGAAACUGUAGCCGAAGGUCUGGCAAUUAAAAUGAGAUACGAUAAGGCGCUGAGCUUCAAGAAAGAAGUGGAGGAUGACUAUAGCAAGUGCAGGGCGAAAAUGGAUGCAGCAACUGCUUUGAUCGAAGGUUUAAGUGGUGAAAAAGUAAGAUGGACAGAACAAUCUGCUCAGUUUAAAGCAGAAACGGAACGUCUCGUUGGUGAUGUGAUUGUCCUGACGGCAUUUUUAAACUAUACAGGACCAUUCAAUCAGGAGUUUCGCGUAAACAUGCAAACCGAAUGGGCUGAUCGACUGCUCGAAAAAAAAAUUCCAUUAUCUUCAAAUAUCAGCGUUACGGAUAGUUUGACGGACACCGCAACCGUUGGUGAAUGGAAUUUGCAAGGAUUGCCUACCGAUGAACUAUCAAUUCAGAAUGGUAUAAUCGUUACGAAAGCUUCCAGGUAUCCACUUCUGAUAGAUCCACAAAGUCAAGGGAAGGCGUGGAUACGAAAUAAAGAAAAGGACAACAGUUUAAUUGUAACAGCGCUGUCACAUAAAUACUUUAGGAAUCACAUCGAGGAUGCCAUCUCGUUGGGAAUGCCGAUGCUUAUUGAAGACGUUGGCGAAGAAUUGGAUCCGGUGUUGGAUAACGUGCUGGAGAAGAAUCAUAUCAAAAUUGGUACCACUUAUAAAGUAAAAGUAGGGGACAAAGAAGUGGAUUACAUGAAGGAUUUCCGCAUGUACAUCACAACAAAAUUGGCAAAUCCUUCUUAUACUCCGGAAAUCUUUGCAAGAACAUCAGUUAUCGAUUUUACCGUUACCAUGAAGGGUUUGGAGGAUCAGCUCUUGGGACGCGUAAUCUUGAGUGAAAAGAGGGAGCUGGAAUCGGAGAGGACAAACUUGAUUAAAGAUGUAACUGCAAACAAGAGGAAGAUUUUAGAGUUGGAACAGAAUCUGCUGUACAAAUUGACGACGACCCAAGGAUCACUCGUAGAUGAUGAGUCUGUUAUCGGUGUCCUGAACGUAACCAAAUCCACUGCCACCGAAGUUAGAGAAAAAAUCGAUAUUGCGAGAGACACAGAAAUCAAGAUCAACGCAGCUCGUGAAGAAUUUCGACCGAUUGCAACACGCGGUAGCGUCUUGUAUUUUUUAAUCACAUCAAUGGCAAUGGUGAAUUGCAUGUACCAGACAUCUCUCGUUCAAUUUUUAGAGAGAUUCGACUUAUCCAUGUUAAAAUCCGAGAAGAGUCCCAUACAAUCUAAGAGAAUUAAUUUCAUAAUUGAUUAUUUGACAUACGAGAUUUUUAAGUAUAAAUCUCGUGGUCUAUACGAGGUUGACAAAUACAUGUUCGUUCUUAUGAUGUGUUUGAGGAUCGAUUUGCAGAGGAACCACAUAACUCACGAGGAAUUUCAGAAUUUCAUCAAGGGUGGAGCAGCUCUAGAUUUGAACUCUUGUCCACCGAAACCAUCCAAAUGGAUCACGGAUCUGGCCUGGCUAAAUCUGGUGGAAUUAUCGAAUCUUCGACAUUUCCAAUACAUAGUCACUCAGAUCACCAAUAACGAGAAAGUUUGGAAGGUGUGGUUCGAUAAGGAUGCUCCCGAAGAAGCAUCUAUACCUGAUGGUUAUAAUGCUCUCGACACCUUCCGAAGACUAUUGCUCAUCAGAUCAAUGUGUCCGGAUAGAACUUUAACUCAGAGCAGAAAAUAUAUUGGUGCCUCGAUGGGGCAGAGAUUUGCAGAACCGGUAAUUCUUAAUAUGGAGACCAUGUUGUCGGAGUCAAGACCAUUGACUCCAAUGAUUUGCUUCUUGAGCACCGGAUCCGAUCCAACUCCUUAUAUUGAGCAACUUGCUAAAAGAGUUGAGAAUAAAGUCAAAUCAAUGUCCAUGGGCCAAGGACAAGAAGUGCACGCUAGAAAACUACUGCUAAACGCUAUGACCGAUGGAUUUUGGGCUCUAUUGCAAAAUUGCCAUUUGGGUCUCGAUUAUAUGGAAGAGGUAUUGUUGCAACUGCUCGAAUUGGAACGUAAUCAAGGCGAAGGGAUGCAUGCUAAUUUUAGAUUAUGGAUAACCACGGAAGUUCAUCCUAGUUUUCCCAUAGGUUUACUGCAGUUGUGUAUCAAAUUUACCAAUGAACCACCAUCAGGUAUUAGGGCUGGUGUAUUAAGGACAUACACUUCGAUGAAUCAAGACAUGUUGGAUUAUUCAGAUCAACCUCAGUACAUUCCAUUGGUAUACGCAAUAUCCUAUUUACAUACCAUAGUUCAAGAGCGGCGUAAAUUCGGACCUCUUGGUUGGAAUAUACCAUACGAAUUUAAUUCAGCAGAUCACUUGGCCAGCUGUAUGUUCGUACAAAAUCAUCUUGAAGAUCUAGAUCCCAAACGUGGUCUCAGUUGGAGCACAAUCAGAUACAUGUUGGGCGAAGUUCAGUAUGGCGGUAGAGUCACAGAUGAUUACGAUAAGAGGUUGUUGAACACAUUCGCGAAGGUCUGGUUCAGCGAGAAAAUGUUUGCUGAUGACUUCAAUUUUUACAAAGGCUACAAAAUAUUAAAAUUCAAGCAAGUUACUGAAUACAUGGAAGCAAUAGCUUUGUUCGCCACUAUAGAUCCUCCGCAGGCUUACGGUUUACAUCCCAACGCUGAUAUAACCUAUCAAACGAAUAGUACUUCAACUAUGCUGUAUACAAUACUUUCAAUCCAACCAAAGGAAUCUGGUGGGGGUGGUGGUGAAACUCGAGAAGGAAAUGUGGCGCGCCAAGCACAAGAAAUGUUAUCUAAGAUGCCGCUAGAUUACGAUCCAUUUGAAACUAAAGAAAGAUUAAAAGCUAUGGGUUUGCUCAAUUCGUUGAAUAUUUUCCUGAGGCAAGAAAUUGACAGAAUGGUUAUUGUCAUUAAAUUGGUUAGGACCACUUUAAGAGAUCUUUUGCUUGCCAUAGAGGGAACUAUAAUUAUGAAUGAAGCUUUGAGGGAUGCCCUCGAUAAUAUCUACGAUGCUUUGGUGCCAACAAUUUGGAGGAAAGGGUCAUGGGCUUCGAGCAGCUUGGGUUUCUGGUAUACCGAAUUCAUUGAGCGCGAUUUGCAAUUCAAAACGUGGUGCUUCAGUGGACGACCUCCUUCAUUUUGGAUGACUGGAUUUUUCAAUCCGCAAGGGUUCCUGACUGCUAUGAGACAGGAGGUGGCCAGGGCCCACAAGGGUUGGGCAUUGGAUCAAGUGACUUUGCACAAUGAGGUCACGAAAAGCAUCAGGGAAGAGAUUAAAGUGCCUCCACCGGAAGGGGUGUUCGUGUACGGAUUGUUUUUGGACGGAGCUGGAUGGGAUCGAAGACAUUCCCGACUCACAGAGUCUAUAAAUAAGGUGCUUUACACCCUCAUCCCCGUGGUGCACAUCUAUGCAAUUUUCUCCACCGCCCCCAAAGAUCCCAAGUUAUAUACCUGUCCCGUCUACAAAAAAUCCAAUAGGACUGAUUUGAAUUAUAUAACGCCGUUGUGGCUAUGCUCGGCGAAACCGCCGGAGCACUGGAUUUUGAGAGGUGUUGCUUUAUUGUGUGACAUCAUGUAA